CACCGGCCGGAGACAGCCUCGGCCCGCGGCCCCGCGCCCGCCCGCCCGCGCCGCGGACAUGUCCUUCCCGCAGCUGGGCUACCCGCAGUACCUGGGCGCCGCGGGGCCCGGCGCCUACGGCGGAGAGCGCCCGGGGGUGCUGGCCGCGGCCGCGGCUGCGGCGGCCGCCGCCUCGUCGGGCCGGCCCGGGGCGGCGGAGCUGGGCGCGGGCGCGGGCGCGGCCGCCGUCACCUCGGUGCUGGGCAUGUACGCGGCGGCCGGGCCCUACGCGGGCGCGCCCAGCUACAGCGCCUUCCUGCCCUACGCCGCCGACCUCAGCCUCUUCUCGCAGAUGGGCUCGCAGUACGAACUCAAGGACAAUCCCGGGGUCCACCCCGCCACCUUCGCGGCCCACACGGCGCCCGCCUACUACCCCUACGGGCAGUUCCAGUACGGAGACCCCGGGCGGCCCAAGAACGCCACGCGCGAGAGCACCAGCACGCUCAAGGCCUGGCUGCAGGAGCACCGCAAGAACCCCUACCCCACCAAGGGCGAGAAGAUCAUGCUGGCCAUCAUCACCAAGAUGACCCUCACGCAGGUGUCCACCUGGUUCGCCAACGCGCGCCGGCGCCUCAAGAAGGAGAACAAGGUGACGUGGGGCGCGCGCAGCAAGGACCCGGAGGACGGCGGCCUCUUCGGGAGCGACACGGAGGGCGACGCGGAGAAGGCGGAGGACGACGAGGAGAUCGACCUGGAGAGCAUCGACAUCGACAAGAUGGACGAGCGCGACGGGGACCAGAGCCACGAGGACGAGGAGGACAAGGCCGCGGCGCCCGCGGCCCCCGCCGCGCUGUCCCGGGACCGGGGCUCGCCGCUGGCGGCCGCCGACGCGCUCUCGCCGCGCGCCUCGCCGCGGGGCCUGGCCAAGGAGGGCGCGGAGCCCGGCUGCACGCGCCUGCCGAGCCCGGGCGUCGGGGCGGGCGGCCUGCAGGGCGCGCCGCAUAAGCCCAAGAUCUGGUCGCUGGCCGAGACCGCCACGAGCCCCGACGGCGCGCCCAAGGCCUCGCCGCCCCCGCCCGCCGGCGCCCCGGGCGCGCACGGGCCCCCCGCGGGCGCGCCGCUGCAGCACCCCGCCUUCCUGCCCAGCCACGGACUGUACACGUGCCACAUCGGCAAGUUCCCCAACUGGACCAACGGCGCGUUCCUCGCGCAGGGCUCGCUGCUCAACAUGCGCUCCCUCCUGGGCGUCGGCGCGCCCCACGCCGCGCCCCACGCGCCGCACCUGCCCGCGCCCCCGCCGCCGCCCGCCGCGGGGGCGCCCCACGGCGACCGGGCCUCGGCCCGCUGCAGCCCCGCGCUCCCAGAGAGAGACCCGGCCCCCCGGCCCGACUCGCCGGCGCCGCAGCUCCAGUCGCCCUUCCAGCCGGCGCGGGACAACUCGCUGGCCGCGCAGGAGGGGCCGCCGCGCAUCCUGGCCGCGCUCCCGUCCGCCUGA